CCUGAAAGGCGUCAUGUGACUCUGCAUCUGCUCUCAGUUGUGGCAAGAUAACCACGCAACGAGGGAGAGAGGGAGCGAGGGGGAGAGUUGAGGAGGAGCUUGCAGCGAUAAGAUUCACUCCACGCGCCAUCAGCAUCUCAAACUUGCAGCCUCUCCAUCCAUCCUCAUCUCUCUCCGGCGCACACAACCCACAGGCGUUUUAUUUAGUUUCCUUUCUCUCCUCCUCCGUUGGAAGGUGCAUAGGUGCAUCCCGCGGUUCAUACUCGCUCUGUGCUUAGUUGAUUAUGGUCACAACCCCCGCGGUGCCAAGGUGGAGUCACCCCGCGUAUCUCGGAUCGGUGCGCUUCUCCAGGGGCUGGGAUGCGCACCGGGCACCUCUCGCUUCCUGCCUAGUUUCGGGUCUGAGCAGGACUCAAGCGCGGCCCCAGGGCGCCGAGGAAGGAGGACCCAGUCGACCCGGAGCAGGAUGCCGGUGAUGAGAGGGCUGCUGGCCCCGCAAAACACCUUCCUGGACACCAUCGCCACCCGCUUCGAUGGCACCCACAGCAACUUUGUGCUGGGAAACGCCCAGGUGCAGUCUCUCUAUCCCAUCGUCUACUGCUCCGACGGUUUCUGCGAGCUCACCGGUUACGCCCGAGCCGAGCUCAUGCAGAAGAGCUGCGCCUGUCACUUCCUGUACGGCCCGGAAACAAGUGACCGGUUGACGGCUCAGAUCCAAGGAGCCCUGGAUGAGAGGAGGGAGUUCAAGACCGAGCUGGUCUUCUACAAGAAGGAAGGUACACAGUUCUGGUGUCUUUUGGACAUUGUACCCAUUAAGAAUGAGAAGGGUGAGGUGGUUCUGUUCCUCGUGUCCCACAAAGACAUCACGGACAAGAAGAAGGACCAGGAUCCAGAGCAAGGACCCGACACAGAUGACGAGACGGGUCUGGAGGUGCAUCAGGUAACUCGCCCUCCAGGCUUCAAUGCCAACCGGCGCCGCAGCAGAGCUGUUCUCUAUCACCUGUCGGGACACCUGCAGAAACAAGACAAGAGCAAGCUCAAGAUCAACAAUAACAUGUUCGGGGAGAAGCCUCCGAUCCCGGAGUACAAGGUAGCAGCCAUCCAGAAGUCUCGCUUCAUCCUGCUUCACUAUGGAACCUUCAAGGCUGGCUGGGAUUGGUUGAUCCUGCUGGCGACCUUCUAUGUGGCCGUCACUGUUCCCUAUAACGUGUGUUUCACAGUGGUGGGAGGGCGGGAUGAAGGGAGCAGCACAGCCCCACGGAGCCCGCCCAGCGUCAGUGACAUCCUCGUAGAGAUUCUGUUUAUUUUAGACAUACUGCUGAACUUUCGAACCACUUUUGUGAGCACGUCGGGUCAGGUCGUGUACGACGCCCGCUCCAUCUGCGUCCACUACGUCACCACAUGGCUCUUCGUCGACCUCAUCGCUGCCCUGCCCUUCGACCUGCUGUACGCUUUCAACGUCAGUGUGUACUUUGGGGUCCACCUGUUGAAGACGGUCCGGCUGCUGCGGUUGCUGCGGCUGCUGCAGAAGCUGGAGCGAUACUCCCAGUACAGCGCUGUGGUUCUCACUCUGCUGAUGUCCAUGUUCGCCCUGCUGGCCCACUGGAUGGCGUGCGUCUGGUACUUCAUAGGCCGCAAAGAGAUCGAAAGUCCUGGCUCCUGGGAUAUUGGUUGGCUCCAUGAGCUGGCCAAGCGCCUGGGGACGCCCUACUUCCUGCCCACCCUCACAACGCUGGUCCCCACUACAGUCAGCAGCCUCCCAGCCAACAGCAGUCAGUGGAACGUGUCGGGGUCAGAGGUCGGGAGUCAGGGCUCCUGGAACUCCAGCCAGUAUUACGGAAACAUGUCUGGAGGCGAGGCCGUGUUGGGAAUGGGCACCGGCAGCGGGGUGCUGGGUGGCGGUCCGUCGAUGCGCAGCAGCUAUGUGACAUCACUGUACUUUGCUCUGAGCAGUCUCACCAGUGUGGGGUUUGGAAAUGUGUCAGCAAACACGGACUCUGAGAAGAUCUUCUCCAUCUGCACCAUGCUCAUAGGAGCGCUGAUGCAUGCAGUGGUGUUUGGUAACGUGACCGCCAUCAUCCAGAGGAUGUAUUCACGCCGCUCGCUGUACCACACCCGCACCAAGGACCUGAAGGACUUCAUCAGGGUCCAUCGGCUGCCCAAGGCCCUGGAGCAGCGCAUGCUGGAGUGUUUCCAGACCACGUGGUCGGUCAACAAUGGGAUAGACGUCAGUGAGACAGCCUGA